ACUGGUUUUUGUUUUAUGGCUUGAGAUCAGGAUAUAGUCAAAUUAGGAAAAGACAAUAAAAGCAGCAACGAUCAGUUUGCAGUACUUUGGAAUAAUAACUGAAACACACAACAGAUGAAAUUAUUGAUGCUGAGAUGAACAAACAAAGAAGAAAAACAGAAAACGAGAGGAGGGCUGGAGACAGAGGACAGUGGGCCAGUAAAACAGAAUAUAUUCUGGUCGUUGCAGGAAAUGUGGUCGGCCUGGGCAACGUGUGGAGAUUUCCUUACCUCUGCUACAAGAAUGGUGGAGGUGCCUUUCUGGUGCCAUAUGGCCUGUUAGCUGUGGUGUGUGGGAUACCUCUGUUCCUACUGGAGACCUCAGUUGGUCAGUACACCCAGGAAGGAUUCAUCACCUGUUGGAGGAAGUUGUGUCCACUGGCACAAGGAAUUGGAUAUGGAUAUUUCAUGAUGAAACUUUAUGACUUCAGCUACAUUUUAGUCCAAGUCUGGGCUCUCUUCUACCUGGUGUUCUCAUUCAGAUCCCAGCUCCCCUGGGCCAGCUGUGAGAACACCUGGAAUACAGCUAACUGUCUUGGUCUUCACACAUUUAAUUCAUCUAAUCUGACAGCAGUUCAAACCAUGUUGACCAACACCACCUCUGCUGCAACUGAGUUCUGGGAGCGGCGUGUGCUGGGCAUGUCUGGAGGCAUUGAGGAGCUGGGCAGUGUGAGGUGGGAGCUGGCCUUGUGUCUUCUGGCCAGCUGGGUGUUCUGCUACUUUAGCAUUUGGAAAGGUGUCAGAUCUUCUGGAAAGGUAGCAUAUUUUACAGCUACAUUCCCGUAUGUGAUGCUCCUGGUCCUACUCAUCAGGGGAUUGACACUACCUGGAGCUUGGGAAGGGAUCUACUUUUACCUGUAUCCAGAUUUGAAACACCUGGCUAACCUCGAGGUCUGGAUAGAGGCAGGAUCACAAAUAUUCUUCUCCUACAGCUUGACCAUAGGGACUCUGAAUGUUCUUGGCAGCUAUAAUCAUUACAACAACAACUGUUACAAGGAUUGCUUUUGGCUCUGUCUGCUGAACAGUGGGACCAGUUUUGUUGCUGGAUUUGUCGUCUUCUCUGUACUCGGAUUCAUGGCUCAGAAACAGGGUGUUAAUGUUGACACUGUGGCUGAGUCAGGUCCAGGUUUGGCCUUCAUUGCUUACCCUCAGGCAACAGCUAUGAUGCCUUUGCCACAGUUCUGGACUGUCUGCUUCUUCCUGAUGCUCAUUCUGCUGACUGUUGACACACAUUUUGUGACAGUAGAGAGUGUUGUUACCUCUGUGAGCGACUUGUUUCCAAAGCUGUUUCGUGCACCAGUGAGGCGCGAGAUCUUUGUCCUCAUCAUCUGUUCGUCCUUCUUCCUCAUACAUCUUACAUUGGUCACUGAGGGAGGAAUUUACAUAUUCCAGCUUAUUGAUUAUUACGGUUGUACCAGAGCUUGUCAGGAUUUUAUGGCUGUAUGUCAAUGCCUGGCUAUGGCCUGGAUUUUUGGUGCUGACCGCUUUUUUAACAUCAUUGAGGACAUGACAAGACAGAGACCGUCAGUUUUCUUCAAACUGUGCUGGAAAUACAUCAUUCCUCUGCUGUCACUGAUUUCCUUAAUCCUGUACCUGGUUGAUUACAAACACCUCAAGAUUAAUGACUGGUAUAUUUACCCUGACUGGGCGUACGCACUAGGAUGGGCCAUGACCCUCUCCUCUGUUCUCAUGGUGCCACUGUGGGCAGCUGGACAGAUGUGUUUGACAGCAGGAACCUUCAGACAGCGUUUGUACAUCCUUUGUCGUCCUGCUGAAGAUGCAGCCUGGCAGACGGAAAGCGGAAAACUAAAAGAGGAGACGACUGAGGACGUCUGCAGUGACGGCUUAAUAUGACUUGUAAAGCCGUAUUAAGCCAAAUCAUUAACUAGACAUUUCAGCUGUCAUAUAAGCUUCUGGUAAUCAUUGUACUGUAGCUAAGAUAUUUCAGUGACAACAAGCUCAAAUUACUGCUUAAAUUACAUAAAUUAAAAACUAAUAAACAAUUAUUGAAAAGAUAAUUGAAGCAUUUAUCAAACAAAGAUGCCAAAUAUUCUGUGGAUGACUUAAAGUUUGUAGUUUUAUAUAAUUAUAAAUUGAAUAUAUCAUGGGCUCUAGGAACUUGGCAUGGGCCAAGAGUAAGUGAUUAAACAAACAAACAAAAAAGACAGUGAAAGAUAAUGAAAAUAAUCAGUAAUUACAUCCCUAGCUCUUAUAUGAUUGCGGUGAGGAUAACCUUCUCUCCAGAUCUGCACUAAAGUUUGAGUGUUCGAAUGUGGGUUGAACUUACACAAUCAAGUAUUUAUUAACAUGCUGGGCUAAUACAAGUUUUGGAUUAGAUACACUGGUCUAGGAUGGUAAAUUCUUAUUUAACACUUGAAAAGUACUCACUUCAAUAUUCCACAUUUUAGGUUUUAGACAAAUUGAUUCAGAGCCGCAAUGCCACGUGGUUGCACCCGUUUUAUGACAAAAUUAAAAUCAAAAAAGUAAUCAUUGGUGCAUCCUUACCUGUGAUGGCAAUUUUCUGCU